GUUAAUCUUCAAAACAUGGCGGUGUGGUACGAUUCAUUGGUCACAACACGAGCUCAAUUUGGAGAAGAUGCUGGAUGCAUUCCGCAGAAUUGAUCAACAUUUAUAUUGGAUUUCAAAGAAAAGUGACCAGUCGGUCUACUUCCCGUUUGUAAAAUGAGGGGACGUGGUGGUCGUCGUGGGCGAAGCCGGGGACGUGGAAGAGGAGGUGGAAGGGGAAGGGGAAGGCGAGGAGGACGUCACUUGCCACACCAUGCAGGCAAAGUACAAAAUCCUUUAGGCAGAGAGCGAGUAGAUCUCAUCUUGACCUAUUUGAAAAGCUGUGGCAGCAAGCCACAAAGAGCUAUUGAUAUUGCCAAAGGCUGUGGCUAUGGAACCCCCAGGGAAGUGAACCCCACUCUGUACAUGCUGAAGCAGAGGAGAGUCGUUAGACUGAUUCAGGGCCCCCCACCCCAGUGGUGUUGCAACCCCAAUGCCAGGGCAAGUCCUGUUCCCAUGGAAAUGGUGACGAACAUGGAUGCUAUGAGGCUCGGAGAAUCUUAUCAGAAUGGAAUGGCACUAGGCGGUAUUGGUCACAGAUUUGGAGAAUCGUCUUCAGGCAUAACAUGGGGUGGUACUUGUUCUGGGGGACUUGGUGGAAUAGUCCCAUGUAGCAGGGGGCAGGGUGAUGGAGGAGCAUUGAUGGGGGAGUCAUUCACUUCUAGGAUGGGGAAUCAAGUACUGGGUACAGACUUUGCUUCUCAGCAACAGUCAGAACAGGCUUUUGUGGAGCAUGAUGAUGAUGAUGAUGAUGGAGAUAUGUGUGAGGAUGAUGAUGAUGACAUGGAAGAGGAAUCCUUUGACAUUAAUGACAGAAUCAACGAUCUGAUAGCCAACAGCCAAAGCAACUAUCAGGACGUGGCUCUGUCACCCGGAACUGUUGACUCUCAGAGUUCAGGCCUGGAUUUAGCAGACAGGUCUGAAGACAACCAGGUGUCCAGUUCCAUCAUUCCCAGUAGAGAAUCAGAGUCCCCUGAUACUGAGCUCAGCUUCAGGGACCGUGUGUUGAAGACCUUAGCUAACCGGCUGUUGAAAACUGGAGCUAGUCUCGUUAUCGUCAGUGCUCUGAAAUCGAGCAAAGAAUCAGUCGAAAAAGCCCUGCAAGAUCUGCUAGAGGAAAAGCUGGUGGACCGGACCGGCUCAGCCUGGAUGGUGACGUCAAGUGGAGAUCAGUAUCUGGAAGAAAAUGGUAUUUCUGGGCCGGUUAAGAAAUCCCAACCGAAUAUUGCUCGAGGAAAGAUGAAUAUUUGUCACCCAUCCAAGAAGGGAGCUACUCACGGUGUCCCCCUGUCCCCGCUGGAGUUGUUGGGGUCGGACACUCAGUAUGGGGUGAAGGGGGCAGGGAGGGGUCAAAUUCUGGCAAAUAUUACCGCCGACAUCCGCGGAGUCACUGACCGGGGUGUCAAGUCCCAAGUGAUGCUCACAAGUCUGGCUGCUGACUCCGUCAUUGGGCAGAUCGGCCGAGGUCCACAGAUGGGGUCUGGAGGGCAGACGAGGCCAGGAGGUUUGUCUGACCCUCGUCCAGGCAUGUCUGCUUACGGUAUGGGGGAUGUGGGUUUAUCAUCACAAGAAUCAGUUAGGUCCCAUCCAGGAGCAUUUUCCCAGACUCAGAUGAUAACUGGAAGUUUGUCGCUGGUAUCGGAAGCGGAAGGACGACCUGGUCGUUCUUUACCUUCAUUCCACCAGCAGCAGACAUUUGGAUCCCAGUCCGGUCUCAGAUCCCUGCCUCGGACUCCGAUGGACAUUAUCAAACAGGAGCAAGGUCAAGGCAGAGUUGGAGUGUCAUCAAUGGCGACCAGUGCCAGCUCGUCUGGUCACGAGCACAGAUUUGUUCCUGGAGGAAACCAUGAUCCAUUGUCACCUUGGACAACAGAGUUGUCCCCCGGACCACAGUCACUUCCGGCCAGGACACAAGGGGGCGCUUCAGGAGUUCCUGGUUUGGCUGGGGGUUUAAACAGUGUUCAGACUGGCACUCUGGAGAUCACGACGGAGACGUUCGCCGGCGUCAACAAGAACCCUGUGAGUGCUCUGAUGGAGUAUGCUCAGUCACGGCAGUCCACAGCCAGGAUAGACGUCAUCAGCCAGCGGGGACCUUCCCACAAACCAAAGUUUGUCUUGGCGGCGUUUGUCGGGUCGCGUCAGUUCCCGGGGGUCGAGUGCAGCAACAAGAAGGAUGGGAAGAAGGAAGCUGCAGACGUCGCCAUGAGGAUAUUGCUGGCAGAAGGCCAUCAGACUCAGGCCAAGUCGGUGGACAGAACGCUGGUCCCAUCGUCCGCGAUGACACACUUCGACAAGAUGGCCGCUCUCACCCACCAGGCCUUCAACCAGCUGAUCGCCACCAUCCCGGAUACUAUGGCCGGCCGUAAGGUCAUCGCUGGUCUUGUCAUGAAGAGAACCCCCGAGGACACUGGUAUCGUCAUCAGCCUCGGGUCAGGCAACCGGUGUAUCACGGGGCAACAGCUGAGUCUGGAAGGCAACACAGUAAAUGAUUGUCACGCUGAGAUCAUCACCAGACGAGGCUUCCUCAGGUUCCUGUACGGACAGUUGGAGACCUACGAGCCCGGCAGACCUCACGACCUGUUUGAAGUGGGACAAACCGGCAAACUCCGGCUCAAACCAGGCAUCAGUCUCCAUCUGUACAUCUCAACAGCACCAUGCGGAGAUGGAGCACUCUUUUCUCCCAGGGAUGCUGUAUCCAACAAGGGCAGUGUGACCUUCGACCGCCAGCACCAUCCGACCUUCACCAGCACAGUACAGGGCCUACUUAGAACCAAGAUGGAGGGAGGGGAGGGCACAAUCCCCAUCGAGUCGGACUUCGUGGCCCAGACGUUUGAUGGGAUCCAGCGCGGGGAGAGGCUGAGGACCAUGUCGUGUACUGACAAGAUCUGUCGGUGGAACGUGGUUGGCAUGCAGGGGGCGCUGUUGUCUCACUUCCUGGAACCCAUCUAUCUCGACUCACUCACUCUGGGAUUCUUGUAUGACCACGGCCAUCUUGCAAGGGCUGUGUGUUGCCGUGUCAACAAAUCAGACCCCCCAAUUGAUACCCAGCUCCCCCCGGGGUUCUAUCUGAACCAUCCCUGGCUGGGGAGGGUGACGGCGUGUGAUCCCCCGCGGGAGACGCAGAAGACCAAGUCUCUCAGCAUCAACUGGUGUCUCGGGGACCCCAGACCGGAGGUCCUAGAUGGCCCGCUGGGACUGUGUCAUACAGUAAUCGAGAACGACUUUUUCUCUAGACUCACGAAAAAGAAUCUGUAUGAUAGUUUCAAGAAAGUUGCCACAAGAUUUGGACGCACUGUCCUCCUUGAAGCAGAAACCUACAACAAGGCCAAGAUGAUGGCGUCGGACUUUCAAACAGCAAAAUCAGCCAUGUUGAAAAAAUUCAAAGAAAACAAGUAUGGGCCGUGGGUGUCGAAGCCUGUUGAGGAAGAAAUGUUCUGUUAGUGGGAUGCAUUAGCAUUACACUUGCAGAACAAGCCAAUAGAGGUCGCCACCUGGAGGGGAGAUAACUCUGACCUGCAGAGACAAUCCGAGGCAAUGGCUUUUUUGCUGUUUGUUUUUUGCUCCAUGUUUCUACGUCUUGCAAUGUGUUGGCUGUCAUUGGUAUUACAGACUGUAAGAUUUGUAAGAAAUGGAAAUACUUUAGUUAGAAGCAAACAGAAUGUCUUUGCUUUGAAUUAUUUCAUCUUGUGUCCUUUUUUUGAAAUUAUUACCUUUUUCUUUAUUCAAACACAUGUUGAUAUUAAGGCUAUUUCAAAAAGGAAAUUGGAAAAUAAGCAAAUGGUUUUGCAGCUUUGUUUAUUAAUCACAUAUAUUUUCAAAAUAAGGGGAGGUAAUUCCUAUAUGUUUCCACUUGACCAAUUACAAUCAAAUGUUGCAAGGUGAUCAAAGGGACGUCAAACACUUCGAUGUCAUGUGGCAACACACAGCCAAUCACACUGAAGCUUCACCAAUCAGGAUGUGCAAGUCAAAGUCUGGAAAAGAAAAUCCAAUUUGAAAGUUCAGAUCGCUAAAGUGAUUAGUGAAUUUGACUGAAGGGAAGAGACGGGAUUGGCUGCUGAGUUGUUGCGAGAACAUCGAAGUUGUUUGACGUCCCUGGUAGUGGCCUGCAGCAAAGGCUAACAGCAGCGAGUCAUGCCCACACCGUAUUGUUUAGAAUUUUCAUUUGAAUCAUUGGAAGUUGAGUUUUUCAUGCUGUGUAUUUCUCAAGCAUCUUGUGGUGUAUGUAAUAUGUAGUAUGUAAUAUGUUCUAUGUAAUAUGUAGUAUGUAAUAUGUUCUAUGUAAUAUGUAGUAUGUAAUAUGUUCUAUGUAAUAUGUAGUAUGUAAUAUGUUCUAUGUAAUAUGUAGUAUGUAAUAUGUUCUAUGUAAUAUGUAGUAUGUAAUAUGUUCUAUGUAAUAUGUAGUAUGUAAUAUGUUCUAUGUAAUAUGUAGUAUGUAAUAUGUUCUGUGUAAUAUGUAGUAUGUAAUAUGCAGCGUUAGAAAUUGGCACUUGUCCUGUAGUCCUUGCCAAACUGCCCAAUUAAGGUAUCCUAAGGACUAGUAGAAAUUUACCCUUCUUCAAGAUUUUGCUUUAUGUUAUCUGUAUGAGGACUAGUGGACUAAAACUGCUGAAUAUGUAUGCAAUAUGUAAUAUGCAGCGCUCCAGAUAAGCUUUUGGUGUUGUGGGUAUUUUACCCAUGCAUUUUAAAAUCAUGGGGUAUCAGUAAUUCAAUCUGGGUAUUCAAAUUUCUGUUACCCAUUAGUUUUUACAUGUGUGGGUAUUUAA